GCUGGAUCAGCAAGUGAGAGCAGCUAGAGAGGGAGCCACAGCACAGUGAAAGAGUGUGUGUGUAUGAGCCUGCCUGCCUGCCUUCCUGCUUGCUUGCCUGACUGACUGUGUGUGUGUGUGUGUGUGUGAGAGAGAGAGAGAGAGAGAGAGAGAGAGAGAGGGAGAGUCAGGGAGCUUGUGGAUACUACUCCACCAGACUGCAUGUCUCUGGCAUCACUAGGGGAGCAGUCCACACAUUACAGAGUCCAUCAGUCAAGAGCCCAAGGGAUGCAUCUACACACUACUGUACAUUACACCAUGGACUUCCUUUAAGACAGCCUAUACCAGGCCUAGCUGAGAAUCUCUAUCAUGGCGUCCAACAACACAGCAAGCAUCGCCCAGGCCAGGAAACUGGUAGAGCAGCUGAAGAUGGAGGCCAACAUUGACAGGAUAAAGGUGUCCAAAGCAGCAGCAGACUUAAUGUCGUACUGCGAAGCCCAUGCCAAAGAGGACCCGCUCCUGUCACCGGUGCCCGCAUCCGAAAACCCUUUUAGGGAGAAGAAGUUCUUCUGUGUCAUCCUGUAAACGGGGUGUGGUUUAUUUGGUCUGACAGGAAGUCUGCUCAUCUUGGGACAUUGAACGAGGACGUUCAAUAUGUAGACAUCUUCUAACAGAAGGGCAUGGAGGAGUAGUACUGUCUCUUUCUCUACAAUGGAAGCUGAAGCAGGCAUUUAAAAACCACAGAGUAAGACGUAACCAUUUACAACGGUCUGAUCUGACCUGAUCUGAGGGCAGUUUUUGAGGGCUGUGCAGCAUGUUUGAUGGAUCCAUCCGUGUAGUCAGAGGACAACCGAAGAUAGUAUGGUUAUCCACCCAGAAACAUGAUGGACAACCAAUCAACCAAGUCUUCAGGUUGUGUUUAAAAUAAAAUUAAAAUAAUGAAGGAAAAAAAUUUUACAAAAAAAAUGUUGUGGUUCUUUUGGAACAUGAAAUCCAAGUGUUACGUUAAAUGGUGGGUUGGGUUGGGUAGAUGAGCUGCUUACCACCAGAUACUAACGCCUGUUUAUCGGAAUGUUUUUAUUUUUGCUGUUGUUUAUUUUAUGCAGAUUUUGAUUCUGAGAUGAAUUGGUUUGGCUAUAUCACUUAGACAACUUUCUAUACUGUAUGUGAUUACUGAAACAGCUAUUUUAACUUUUGUUUUGUUUUACAUCGUUAGAAUUGGUGAAAGCUGUUUUAAUGGAAAGUUUGGACGUUCAAUUAAAUGAUAUUCUUUACAGACAUGUUUCUUUAAACUUCUUCUGAGAGAAGUAUACAACAUAUAUAUCUGGCAAUGUGGUACAGUAUGUGUUUCCUUCAGAUACAAGCUCUCUUUUUACUAUUUGUAUAAAAUUACUAGCAAGUAAACUGUGUUGUGCUGUGUGUUCUGAAUGUUUGUGUUUAUCAUUAAUAAUUGCAUGAAAUUAACUAUUUUUUAAUUUGAUUUUUAAUGUGGGGAUUGUAUGAACGAGGCAGCCUCCAUCUGGCAGUGCCAACUGUAUUAAAAAGAUAACAAUGACUCAAAA